CUAUCUAUCUAUCUAUCUAUCUAUCUAUCUAUAUCUAUCUAUCUAUCUAUCUUAUCUAUUUCAGUGGAAGGCCUCUAGAGAAGCAUUUGAGGCUUUGAGGACGUAUUGUAACGAGCAGUUGACCUCUAUACCUUUAACCUUUGUCCUCGGUUUCUACGUAUCCCUCAUUGUCAACAGAUGGUGGACGCAGUACACUCUUCUGCCCUGGCCGGAUGCGAUAGCUAUGUACACUCUCGGCUUUCUUACUGGGAAGGAAGAAAGACAGCGUAUUAUGAGGAGAAAUAUUGUUAGAUAUGUUCUCCUCUCCUACUGUAUGGCCAUGAGGACGGUGAGUUUUCGUGUGAAGAAAAGAUUUCCUGAUCUUCAACAUCUGGUGGAUGCAGGGCUCAUGAGACCAGAUGAACUAAAAGUACUCCAGAACCAUGAUCUAAAGGUGACUGCCAACAAGUGGUUCCUACCCCUAGCUUGGGCCUCAGAUAUCUGUGCCAGGGCGCUAGCGGAGGGGAAAAUCAAGGUCAAACAGGAUCCGAUAGCGAAUAAGCCACAGACUGUCAAAGCUCUUCUAAGUGAACUGGUACACAUCAGGGAGAACCUAACUGGCAUCAUAAAUCAUGACUGGGUCAGCGUUCCUCUAGUUUACACUCAGGUUGUGACGUUAGCUGUGUACUCUUACUUCUGUGCUGCACUUAUAGGAGCUCAAUGGAUAAACCCUGAAUCUAACAAGGCGUAUAAAACUGCGUACAAUCUACCAACCGGACCCACCGGUACACGCCUAGACCUGUACUAUCCUAUCUUCCUUACUGUACAGUUUAUAUUCUUCUUCGGCUGGCUUAAGGUUGCCGAAACCCUGAUAAAUCCUUUUGGUGAAGAUGAUGAUGAUUUCGAGCUCAACAGGCUCAUUGAUAGACAUUGUCAGGUUGGAUACCUGAUUAUCGAACAAGAAACAAUUCCUGAACUGAUGAAGGACCAUUAUUGGGAUGACAGUAUCCCCAAGGAGAUACCCUACACCAUAGCCGCAGAGAAAUUCAAGAAAGAGGAAUUCCAGGGCUCAGCAGAAAGAACUUUACAAAUCAAGGAUUGUGACAAGGAGUAUGGAUAUGUGUACAGCAACCGAAAGUACGGGAAUAGAUCAAUAUCCUCAACAACAUACGGUGCGGCUCAUCCUGAAAGAGGGGAUACAGCUCAUCAUAGUGAUUCAGCUGAUGGUGAAUAUGCGUAUGGAGAGUAUGGUGAUUAUGAAUCUGUUGGAACUCCUUUUGGUGCUGCCAGGUUCUCAUGGGUUAAGAAGAAGAAGAGUAGAUUAGAGUCUGUAGCAUCAAUGAGGUCGAAUCGAUCUGUCUCUAGCAGUUCAACAUACUUUGGACAUAAUUUAGAUAGAAAGUCCCAGCAUCGGUCUCAGCUCUCCCUGUAUGAGAAAAUCCGUAAAAUGAGUGGAAUUGACUCCAAGGAUAAACAUGAAUCAAGGAGUAGAAAAUCUAGCAAACUGUCACAAAAAGAAAAAAUCUACGCUGCUAAUGAGAUAUUAAAAAUGCAGCAGGAACAAGAGGAGCAGGAGGGAGUUAACAAUGAAAGCUAUGAGAAAAAUGAAGAUGAAUUGCAAUCAGAGUUUGAUGAAGAUGAUUACAGGAAAACAUUUAUAAAUAAAUAUUCCUCCCAAAAUAAUGAAAAAAUAAUAAAAAAUAAUAAAACAACUAAAUGUUAUCUCACUUCCAACGAAAUUCAUACAAUAGUUCAAGUGCCCGGCGUGGCCCGUUGAAUUAAAAUUCCAAUU